GCCGGGCACGGCUCGGGGCGGCCGGGCGUCCCGUGCGCCGCUCGCCGCACCCCGCCCUCCAUCCGCCCCGCCUCUCCCCUUCCUGAGCCCGGGCGGGGUGGAGACUCGGGUUUGAGGAACUGGUGAGGGGUGCCUGGCGAGGGGACUCGGACUUCCUGUGCCCGAGCGCGCCGCGUGCGGGGCGCCCCCCAUCACCGCCGCGCGCCGGGGUCCUCGCCGCACCCUCUCGGGCUCCCCCCCACCCCGGCGGAUUAUGUCUCGGAUCGAAUCCCUCACGCGCGCGCGGAUCGACCGAAGCAAAGAGCUGGCAAGCAAGACCCGGGAAAAGGAGAAGAUGAAGGAAGCCAAGGAUGCCCGUUACACCAACGGGCAUCUCUUCACCACCAUCUCCGUCUCGGGCAUGACCAUGUGCUAUGCCUGUAACAAGAGCAUCACCGCCAAGGAGGCCCUCAUCUGCCCAACCUGCAAUGUGACUAUCCACAAUCGCUGUAAAGACGCCCUGGCCAACUGCACCAAGGUCAAACAGAAGCAACAGAAAGCCGCCCUGCUGAAGAACAACACUGCCCUGCAGUCCGUGUCACUUCGAAGUAAGGCAACCACGCGGGAGCGGCCGAGCUCUGCCAUCUACCCCUCUGACAGCUUCCGCCAGUCCCUGCUCGGCUCCCGCCGUGGCCGCUCGUCCCUGUCUUUGGCCAAGAGCGUUUCUACCACCAACAUUGCUGGACACUUCAACGAUGAGUCGCCCCUGGGGCUGCGCCGCAUCCUCUCACAGUCCACAGACUCCCUCAACAUGCGUAACCGCACCCUCUCGGUGGAGUCCCUCAUUGAUGAAGGGGCAGAGGUGAUCUACAGCGAGCUGAUGAGCGACUUCGAGAUGGAUGAGAAGGACUUCGCGGCGGACUCCUGGAGCCUGGCCGUGGACAGCAGCUUUCUGCAGCAGCACAAGAAGGAGGUGAUGAAGCAGCAGGAUGUCAUUUACGAGCUGAUCCAGACGGAGCUGCACCAUGUCCGCACCCUGAGGAUCAUGACCCGCCUCUUCCGCACGGGCAUGCUGGAGGAGCUGCAGCUCGACCCCACGGUGGUGCAGGGCCUCUUCCCCUUCGUGGACGAGCUCAGCGACAUCCACACCCAUUUCCUCAGCCAGCUGCUGGAACGCCGGCGCCAGGCGCUGUGUGCCGGCAGCACCCGCAACUUUGUCAUCCAUCGCUUGGGUGACCUGCUCAUUAACCAGUUCUCAGGUCCCAGUGCAGAGCUGAUGCGGAAGACCUAUUCCGAGUUCUGCAGCCGUCACACCAAGGCCUUAAAGCUCUAUAAGGAGCUGUACGCCCGGGACAAACGCUUCCAGCAGUUCAUCCGGAAAGUGACCCGCUCGGCGGUGCUGAAGCGCCAUGGGGUUCAGGAAUGCAUCCUCUUGGUGACCCAGCGCAUCACCAAGUAUCCGGUGCUCAUUAACCGCAUCCUGCAACAUUCCCACGGGCCGGAGGAGGAACGCCAGGACCUGUCCAAGGCGUUGGGGCUGGUGAAGGACCUGCUAUCCAACGUGGACCAGGACGUGCACAAGCUGGAGAAAGAGGCCCGUCUGCUGGAGAUCUACAACCGCAUGGACCCCCGGGCCCAGACCCCAGUGCCUAGCAAGGGCCCCUUUGGCCGGGACGAGCUUCAGCGGCGCACACUGAUCCAUGACGGUUGUCUGCUCUGGAAGACGGGAGCUGGGCGUUUCAAAGAUGUGCUAAUGCUGCUGAUGACGGACGUGCUGGUGUUUCUCCAGGAGAAGGACCAGAAGUACAUCUUCCCGACCCUGGACAAGCCGUCCGUGAUCUCGCUGCAGAACCUCAUUGUCCGGGACAUUGCCAACCAGGAGAAAGGGAUGUUCCUCAUCAGUGCGGCACCCCCUGAGAUGUACGAGGUCCACACAGCAUCCCGGGAUGACCGCAACACCUGGAUCCGUGUCAUUCAGCAGAGCGUGCGUGUUUGUCCAUCCAGGGAGAACUUCCCCCUGAUUGAGACGGAAGACGAGGCUUACCUGCGGCGAAUCAAGACCGAGCUGCAGCAGAAGGACCGGGCGCUGGUGGAGCUCCUGCAGGAGAAGGUGGGGCUGUUCGCCGAGAUGACCCACUUCCAGGUGGAGGACGACAGCGGGGCUGGCGUGUCCCUGCCCACGCUGCCCCGGGGCUUGUUUCGCUCGGAGUCUCUGGAGUCCCCCCGAGGCGAGCGGCUGCUGCAGGACGCCAUCCGAGAAGUGGAGGGCCUGAAGGACCUGCUGGUGGGGCCUGGAGUGGAGCUGCUGGCGCCCCGGGAGCCCACGGAGCCCGACGGAGGUGGCACCUCAAGCCCGGUCCUCACUGCCAACGGGGAGGGCAGAACUUUCAAUGGCUCCAUUGAACUCUGUAGAGCUGACUCGGACUCCAGCCAGAAGGACCGAAAUGGGAACCAGCUGCGAUCCCCCCAGGAGGAAGCUUUGCAGCGGCUGGUCAGUCUCUACGGGCUGCUUCACGGCCUCCAGGCAGCGGUGGCCCAGCAGGACACGCUGAUGGAAGCUCGUUUCCCCGAAGGCCUGGAGCGGCGUGAGAAGCUGUCCCGGACCAACUCUCGGGACGGGGAGGCUGGCAGGGCGGGGCCUGUGCCCGUGGCCCCCGAGAAACAGGCCACCGAGCUGGCGCUGCUGCAGCGACAACACGCGCUUCUGCAGGAGGAGCUGCGGCGCUGCCGGCGGCUGGGCGAGGAGCGGGCCACGGAGGCGGGCAGCCUGGAGGCGCGGCUGCGGGAGAGCGAGCAAGCCCGGCUGCUGCUGGAGCGCGAGGCCGAGGAGGCCCGCCGGCAGCUGGCCGCGCUGGGCCACACGGAGCCCGCCCCGGCCGAGGCGCCCUGGGCACGCAGGCCGCUGGACCCGCGGCGCCGCAGCCUCCCUGCGGGCGAUGCCCUGUACCUGAGCUUCACCCCGCCGCAGCCCAGCCGAGGCCACGAGCGCCUGGACCUGCCCGUCAGCCUGCGCUCUGUGCAUCGGCCCUUUGAGGACCGGGAGAGGCUGGAGCUGGGCAGCCCGGAGGACCGUCUGCAGGACAGCAGUGACCCCGACACGGGCAGCGAGGAGGAGGGGUGCAGCCGCCUCUCACCCCCUCACAGCCCCCGAGACUUCAGCCGAAUGCAGGACAUCCCGGAGGAGAUGGAGAGCCGCGACGGGGAGCCUAUGGCCUCAGAGAGUUAAGGGGGGUACUCCCCCCUGCAUGAUGCCCCCCCACCCCGGAGAACACGACCGAGGGCGACAAGAUUGGCGGCUGCCACCUGCCAACCCCGAGGGAACGUCUUGUCUGUCCUGCUGCCCGCCUUGCCAGCUGGCGGGACCCUUGGAUACCUGGGGCCUUUUAGGGGACUGGGGACGUGGCGAUAGCGCCCCCUCGUGGCAUCUGGGAGCGACACCACACCACAGAUGCCAGUUUUUAUGCCUCGUUCCUCCGAUGUAGGGAACUUUAUUUAUUUAUUUGUUUAUUCGUUACGGAGGGAGAGGGGGAGAUUUAGAGGACCAGGGACAUGGGAACCAAGCCAUAGCGAUCAGGGGGCCUUGUCCUUGAACACUACUGGGGUGUCCUCAGGCUUCACCUGCAGCUGCUGGGUUCAACCCUGAUGCCCCAUCCAGCAACACCUGGGUUUAAGGGGGCUGGGGGGCUGCAGCCACGGCCCGUGGGCGGGCUGUGUCCCUCUCCCCACAACCUCUUGCUGCCCUCCACUUGUCUUCCACCACAGAACCCGGGGAGAGCGUUACAGCUGUAACGGCCAGCGGAGGGGCUGCGGGGAGGGGAUCCACAGGGACCAGAAUGUUGUAGGUUUUUUUCUUUUUUUUGUACCAAAGCCGACUGCACGUGUUAUAUAUUUUUAAGAAGAUUGUAGGUAAUUCGACACUGUGGCCUCUGCCUCCGCAUCUCCAAGAACUUGAGGGAUGGGGGAAACCAUGUCUUCUCCCCUCGGUGACAGUUGGGGGCCACCUAUUCUGACCUCUUCCCCAGUCAUUUGGGAAAAACGUUCUAGGGUGAGUCAGGAAUCUUCGCAGAGCCUGACCUCACCCCCACCUCAGCAACCAGGGCUGAAACCUCAGUAUGAGUUAGGGGGAUUUUUUUUCAGUAGCCCCCCUCCACCUGUGCCCAGCACCCCCUGGACAUAUUUUUUUUCCAAUUUGAUUGUAAAAUAAAAAGGAUAAAGCAGGGAAAAAUUAAAAGGCCUGGAACCCCAUGAAA